UGCAUUCCUCAUUCAUCCUCUCCUUGAUCCCCUUUUCACGACCAUUGUCUCUUCUUCCCGUCUGCAUUGGUGUUGCCAUCCACCUCCCGUUGAACUCGCCGUGUCUCUGACUCACUUCCCGUCCCGUCCCCGCAGCGAUGUCGGCCUCAGGAUCCGGUGCGCCUCUAAAGAAGGCUUAUCCUCACGUCGACCUCGAGGGCCACAAUCUCCCUCCUUCGCCGGCUCCGUCCAGUCCGCAUGCCGGUAGACGCUAUAACAUCGCGACGGAGUUGGUCUACACCGAUAGCAAUGACCAGUACAACGCCAGCAGCGUUCCCAUCUACCAGGUAUGUCCGCAUGAUAUGAAUGGGCACCGAUUGCCUGGAAAUUCUUUCCAGGUCGAUCUCGGUCGGCCAUCUAAUCGUCAUAUUAAUUGUGCUUGAAUAGAGCGCUACCUUCAAGCAAACGUCCGGCGACGGCGGCGGCGAAUAUGACUACACCCGCUCCGGAAACCCCACGAGAACGCACCUGGAACGGCACCUGGCCAAGGUCAUGUCGGCCCAGCGGGCUCUCGUCGUCUCCUCCGGUAUGGCCGCGUUGGAUGUGAUCACCCGACUUCUGCGUCCCGGCGACGAGGUGGUAACUGGCGACGAUCUCUACGGCGGCACGAACCGCCUUCUCAAGUACCUGUCCACGAACGGUGGAAUCGUCGUGCAUCACGUCGACACCACGCGGCCGGAGAAGGUGCGCGAGGUCCUGAGCGAGAAGACUACCAUGGUCCUGCUGGAGACGCCGACCAACCCGCUCAUCAAGGUGGUCGACAUCCCGCAGAUCGCCGCGGCGGCCCACGAGGCCAACCCCGCCUCCCUAGUCGUGGCGGAUAACACCAUGAUGUCGUUCCUUCUCAACCCCUUGGAGCUGGGGGCGGAUAUCGUGUACGAGAGCGGAACCAAAUAUUUGUCGGGCCACCACGACCUGAUGGCGGGCGUGAUCGCCGUCAACGACCAGAAGCUGGGCGAGCGACUGUACUUCCCCAUCAACGCGUCCGGCUGCGGACUGUCGCCCUUCGAUUCGUGGCUGCUGAUGCGCGGCGUGAAGACCCUCAAGGUGCGCAUGGACCAGCAGCAGUCCAACGCGCAACGCAUCGCCGAGUUCCUCGAGUCGCACGGCUUCAAGGUGCGCUACCCUGGUCUGCGGUCGCACCCGCAGUACGACCUGCAUCACUCCAUGGCUCGCGGAUCCGGGGCGGUUCUCUCGUUCGAGACAGGCGACGUAGGCGUGAGCGAGCGGAUCGUCGAGAGCGCCAAGCUCUGGGCAAUCAGUGUCAGUUUCGGGUGUGUGAACAGCUUGAUCAGUAUGCCCUGUCGCAUGAGUCAUGCCAGCAUCGACGCGAAGACGCGGGCGGAGCGCGCGAUGCCGGAGGAUCUCAUCCGACUUUGCGUGGGCAUUGAGGAUGCGGAUGACUUGAUUGAUGAUUUGCAGCGAGCGUUGGUGCAAGCCGGAGCCGUCAACGUGACGCUGGAUGAUUUCCAGGCAAACACGACUGUUUAACGGGCGAUGUAUAGACGAUUGGGAUUAACGGCGUUGGGCGAACAGCAGAAAAGAAGUCUUUAUAUAUCGUACAUACAAUUUAUUUUCAUAUUCUCCUAUACUCCCAGCUUGUUCUGGACUGUAGAGGGAUAUACGCUCAGCCGCGGCCAAUCAGAGGCGGCUGAUUGAUCCGGCAUCGGAGCGACUCCGGCUUAUUCUCGUCCGUCAUUUUUGUGAUCUCAUUUCCUUCU